AUGAACAACAGGCUGGGAGUUUAUGGGCUAAGCUGGGACAGUCAGACACAAUUCGCAGGGGCCGAGGACCUCUUCGAGCAGUCACAUGGCCACGUUCAAGGGCUGUGUGGGCCCCCGCCUGGCACUGGUCCGAGACUGGGCUACCGUCUUCUUUGUAACUCCAGGUCAGGCCGGGUACCAGGCUGCACGGCACGCGGAGUCCGGGUGCUCAGCCCUCCCGGGCCCCGCUCCUGCCGGCCUUCGGGGCCUCCUCCGCGAGUCUCACUGCCCCGGGCCCCGCUCCUGCUCCUGCCGGCCUUCAGGGCCCCCUCCGAGAGUCUCACUGCCCCGGGCCUGCUCCUGCGGGCCUUCGGGGCCUCCUCCGCGAGUCUCACUGCCCCGGACCUGCUCCUGCGGGCCUUCGGGGCCUCCUCCCGAGUCUCACUCCCCCGGGCCUGCUCCUGCGGGCCUUCGGGGCCUCCUCCGCGAGUCUCACUGCCCCGGGCCUGCUCCUGCGGGCCUUCGGGGCCUCCUCCGCGAGUCUCAUUCCCCCGGGCCUCCUCCCGAGUCUCACUGCCCCGGGCCCCGCUCCUGCUCCUGCCGGCCUUCAGGGCCCCCUCCGAGAGUCUCACUGCCCCGGGCCUGCUCCUGCGGGCCUUCGGGGCCUCCUCCGCGAGUCUCACUGCCCCGGACCUGCUCCUGCGGGCCUUCGGGGCCUCCUCCCGAGUCUCACUCCCCCGGGCCUGCUCCUGCGGGCCUUCGGGGCCUCCUCCGAGAGUCUCACUGCCCCGGGCCUGCUCCUGCGGGCCUUCGGGGCCUCCUCCGCGAGUCUCACUGCCCCGGGCCCCGCUCCUGCUCCUGCCGGCCUUCAGGGCCCCCUCCGAGAGUCUCACUGCCCCGGGCCUGCUCCUGCGGGCCUUCGGGGCCUCCUCCGAGAGUCUCACUGCCCCGGACCUGCUCCUGCGGGCCUUCGGGGCCUCCUCCGCGAGUCUCACUCCCCCGGGCCUGCUCCUGCGGGCCUUCGGGGCCUCCUCCGCGAGUCUCACAGCCCUGGACCCCGCUCCUGCGGGCCUUCGGGGCCUCCUCCGCGAGUCUCACUGCCCCGGACCCCGCUCCUGCGGGCCUUCGGGGCCUCCUCCGAGAGUCUCACUGCCCCGGACCUGCUCCUGCGGGCCUUCGGGGCCUCCUCCGCGAGUCUCACAGCCCUGGACCCCGCUCCUGCGGGCCUUCGGGGCCUCCUCCGCGAGUCUCACAGCCCUGGACCCCGCUCCUGCGGGCCUUCGGGGCCUCCUCCGAGAGUCUCACUGCCCCGGACCUGCUCCUGCGGGCCUUCGGGGCCUCCUCCGCGAGUCUCACAGCCCUGGACCCCGCUCCUGCGGGCCUUCGGGGCCUCCUCCGAGAGUCUCACAGCCCUGGGCCCUGCUCCUGCGGGCCUUCGGGGCCUCCUCCGAGAGUCUCACAGCCCUGGACCCCGCUCCUGCGGGCCUUCGGGGCCUCCUCCGAGAGUCUCACUGCCCCGGGCCUGCUCCUGCGGGCCUUCGGGGCCUCCUCCCGAGUCUCACUGCCCCGGGCCCCGCUCCUGCGGGCCUUCGGGGCCUCCUCCCAAGUCUCACUCCCCCGGGCCUGCUCCUGCCGGCCUUCAGGGCCUCCUCCGAGAGUCUCACUGCCCCGGGCCUGCUCCUGCGGGCCUUCGGGGCCUCCUCCGCGAGUCUCACUGCCCCGGGCCCCGCUCCUGCGGGCCUUCGGGGCCUCCUCCGCGAGUCUCACUGCCCCGGGCCUGCUCCUGCGGGCCUUCAGGGCCUCCUCCGCGAGUCUCACUGCCCCGGGCACUGCCACCGACUCUCCCUCUGA